GACCAAUUUCUGGAAGUCCAGCGAAGGUUCUGACGAGCAUCAUGCCCCACUUUGAGUUUCUCGUUCUUCUUGGGCUUUUCAUCGGCGCACAAGCAGUCACCCUGGACGACCUUCAUGAAGCAUUGAACACUAAUGAACAGACUUGGCUGACGAAGCGAACGUAUGAUUUGAAAGGUCAUACCUGCGUCUACACUGUAAAACUCAGUCUCAACCAAACGUAUUACUCAUUUGAACAACACUUCCAGAAAGAUGGUCAUAAAAAAAAGCACACGCUGUACGCAGGGCUAGGAAGUGACUCGACUACUACUCCUUGGAUGGAAGUCAGCCAAAAUCCAGGUGGAGCGGCCGGCAUAAAAUACUUUCUGCAGUACUGGGAUAAGGACGAAAAGUGUGGUAUCCUAAAAGUUCGUCUAGGAGGCGCAGAUCGAUACGAAAUGCACGUAUGGGAUAGUAAUGUUGACGGAGGAAAACCCAAGUGUGAAGCCGAGUACACAACAUUAUCUGGCGGAAAACAUUCAUACGAGGUUUAUUCAAAGAGCUGCAAGACGGCCGCCCAAGGAAACUGAUGUGAAAGCUUUUCAUAAGAUCAGCCUCUCGGCGAAAAAGGAGCCUCAAAAGUAGAUUUCGUAGAAUGUAGCAGUAAAAUGAAGCAUGUCUUAAAAUCGAAGAACACGUCUUUUUGUUUUCACCCCAUUCUUCAUAAAAAUUCUUGACAACCUCA